GAGAACGUGCCUGUCGACGUUUCUCACAUACAAUAUGUUUACAUAAUGUGGGUUAACACGUUUUGUCUCUGACUGUCACUUCCCGUUUCUCGCUCUCCUCUGGGAAACACCCCUCCCGUGAACGCCACACUGUCUGAGCGUGUGGUAGGGGCUGUCAUCCUGCCCUGGCCGCCCGGUUUUUUGGAGAAGAGAAGUUGGCAAAGGGAUGUGACUGCGAUGAUGGCGCUGCAGCUGAAGAACGGGGAUGCAGCGUACUACCAGAGUGCAGAAUACUGCAGAAAUUACACUUCGCCGCCUGUCAGCUACGGUGACAGCAGCCAUUAUCUUGCUCGAUUGCCAGGUCCAGAAACCAUGUUGAAGCCUCCUCUGAGUCUCUUCAGCCACCCCCAGCAGCCAUUCCAACACAUGGACUCUCUGCACCAGCUGGGACCUCCGCCAAUGGCACCUACACAGCCUCUCGGCCCACCACCUCUAGCCCCUGCUCAGGCAAUGGGACCCCCAACUAUGGUUCCUACCCAGACUCUAGGGCCCCCUCCUAUAACUGCAACCCACACGUUAAGGCCUCCCCCCAUUACCCCACCACACAACUUAGGCCCCCCUCCAAUGGCCCCAGCUCAGCCACUGAGGCUUCCCCCGAUGACACACACUUUGGGGCCCCCACCUGUAGAUCACACACAAGCAAUAGUGCCUCCAACAAUGGACCUCACACAACCAUUGGGGCCUCCACCUUUAAACCCUGCACAUGCGCUGGUGCCCCCACCUGUAGUGGCACCAGGAGCUGGCCGAUUCGCCCUCCCUCCAAGCCCACUGUCCUCCCCUCCUGCUCCAAGCCCAGACCCCUCACAGAUGCCCCCAAGGCCCCCAGGACCAGCCCUCAUCCCUGCCCCAGUGUCCUGCCUCAUCCCUGGUCCUCUCCUAGGUCAAGCAGCCCCAGCCAGCGAGCAGCCCCAGGAUGAGGGCUCCCCGCUGGGUAUGGAGGAGCAGGAGGACUCUCUGGGGCUGGGUGAACUGUGUAAACCGCUGUACUGUAAACUCUGCAAUGUUACCCUCAACUCCGCUCAGCAGGCACAGGCUCACUACCAGGGGAAGAACCACAGUAAAAAGUUAAGAAAUUUCUACGCUGGCAGUCAACAGCCUCCAGCCAUAAGGAUCCCUGAAGUCCUCGAGGCGGCUGGCCAGACAUCCCUCAGCUCAGGAUCCAACGACAGUGACGCAGGCAGGCAGGCGUUGUACAAGGGGGCGACCCGGGUCAUCUUGGCCACAGAAAAUGACUAUUGUAAACUGUGCGACGCCUCAUUCAGUUCACCGGCAGUUGCACAGGCCCACUACCAGGGCAAGAACCACGCCAAGAAACUACGGCUCGCUGAGGCCCAACAGAACUCUGUUAUCAUAGAAGGCAGCAAUGAAGCAGCCCCAAGACGAAACAGGAAAGAUGGCAGUGAGUACAGGCUGGUGAAAAACCGCCGCAGCCCGCAGCUACCUGCUUCCAUGCCAGGGCCGUACUACAACCCCAGGCCGAGGCAGCGCAUCCCCAGAGACUUGGCCAUGUGCGUGACUCCCAGCGGACAGUUCUACUGCUCCAUGUGCAACUGCGGAGCCGAGCAGGAGACGGACUUCAGGCAGCAUCUGGAGAGCAAGCAGCACAAAGCUAAAGUGUCGGAGUUGAGAUACCGGCAUGAGAUGGAGAACCUCGGCUACAGCUAAGAGACAUGAGAGGGAAGGGGGAACAGAGAUGAGAGUAGGACAGGAUAGACGGUACAAGACCAAAGUGCAGGAAAGCAAAUACAGGCCCGUGUUUGUGGGGAAUAUUUAGCGCAAGGAUUAGCCCUAAUGGCCUCAAGAUCUUGUUGCAAUUCAUUUGAUAUAUGGAUCAAACACUUAAAUCCUCACAUUUGACAUAAUGCUCUACCAUGUGGAGUCAUAAUUGGAUUUGAUAGAUUUAUUUGAUGCGGGUAUUAUUCAGUUUGUAUAGUGAAGCAUGCAGCAACAUGAAGAAAUCUGAGAAAUGGUGGAUUUUUGGCUCUGAUUCAGAUUGCAUUUUAGACUCACCACCUUUCGUUUUAUUUUUAGAUAUCGUUCAACUUUCCUUCAAGGCUUUGCAUUCUGACUCAGAAGACAAAAAAACUGCUAAUUAAUUGCAAGUUCAUCUUGAGCUUGUUUAUGGUACAGGUAGAGGUCUAGUGGAGCACAGAGAGCCAACACGACAAGUGAGGAUGUGCAGGAACAUUUGGCGAAGAGAUUGGUUAUGGUUAAGAGAGAGUGCAAAAUGUGGAAAACAGAAAGUACGUGGUUUGAGGGAGGACAUAAGCAUAGAGGCAAACACUGCUUGGGAAAACAAUCCUCGGCGAUGAUGAAGUUUGAGACUUGUUUUUCACUUCUUGUGUGUGACUCAGCCGUACAGGUAUUUUUUUUUUUUUUUUUUUACAAACCCGACAGCAGGGACUUCAGGGCCACUUAGUGACCACAGAGCCACACAGGGCACAAAAAGAGAGCAAAUUCAACAUCUAUCUUUUCAACCUGACACAGGUGAUGAAAUCCAAAGCACUAUUUGCUAAUUUAAGAAAACAAAGCACAACAAACAGCACUGUGUGGUGGAAACAGUGUUACGUGAAUCUGUUAGCCUUAGCUGACCUCUUAGCGGUCCUCUGGUGUGUAACGGGCUGAAGGCUACUGCCUGGCCAGCCUUGUUUGUGCCUUUAGUGAGAAUUAGGCUAAAGAGUGAGCUUUGGCUUGCCAUUUUGGAAAUAUAGUGGAAACCAAUCUAUAGUAUUGUGUUUUUCUAUAUUCUGUCACCUCGCUUGUUGUUUUGAAUCCACAGAAAUAUUAUGUAAAUGUUUCCAAAUUACAUUAUAGAUGUAAACAUAUUAUCGUAUAAAUGAAUAUGAUUGAUUAUUUGGUUAAUGUUAGCAUAGCAAAUAUUGUAAAUACUUAAUGAUUAUCAGGAAUCUUGUACAAAGUGUGCAAUGACUGAAUGUCUAUGAGCACUGUUUGUUUGUGUGUGGAUUUUACUGUAGGCCCUCCAUACCACUUCGGGUGAUGCCCUUCUUUGUUGGUGAUUCUGGUACCAUCCAUCUAUAGCUAAAAGUCAUCAUUUCUGACUGUGCUGGAGGAUCACAGGCAGCAUAUAAGCUGAAUCUUUGUCUCGACAAUACAGCCAAACUGGCACCGUGAGGAUGAAAUGUGCAAACGGGUUGGAAACGCAUAGUGAUGCGUGCAGCCAAAAGCAUUUAACUCCAAACUUCUAAUUAGUUUGCAAAUGGCAAAUGAGUGUGUGCAGAGCUUGUGAAUGUUUUUGGUUGUAAGACAUCAUUUAAUUCUCCCAAUCAAUCUCAAUUCCUAGAGGGGACAUAACUAGGUUUUACUGCAGUGUGGAACAGCUGCAGAGGAGUGACAUGUGUUUUGUCUGGAUUUGCAGACAGAUUUCUUUGUUGUUGUUGUUGUUUACCCCAUAUGACCGAGGUCUGGCUGUUUUUCAGUCUUUAACCCAGACUGGAAAGAUCAAUUAUAUAAUAGAGAUCAAAUUUAAUUUUCUCUUUCUGUUUAUUUGAUUUUCUGUUCAGUGGUGCUCAGCUGAACACAGUGAAGUCACAAGGCAUUUGGAGAUACAUCCAGUCAUAUGCGAAAUGACUAAAAGUGUUUAUUGUGCCUUUAAUUGUGUUCAGAGAAGACAAUGAAAACAAUACAACAUUCUGAUUGCUUGAAACACAGAACACACUUUUUUUUAUUUUUAAUCCUUUAAAAUGAAAAACAUUGUUUAUUUCUGCCUCAAAAUCAUUUUAUGUAGCAGUUAAAAGGAUAUUCCAUGGAGAUUUUUAGAUGCCAACAUGUUUCACCUUUCCAGUGUACAGGAAUAGUAGAUAUUUAGUUCAAAAGGGAAAAAAACAUCCUUAUUUCACUUUUAAUUUGCUCUUCCAACUUUGUGUGCAUGCACACACACUCCCACACAGUUCAGUCAGUGUCACAUAAUUAGAUGUGUGUAGAAGUGAAAGGAAGGCAUCCUGGCUUUCUCUCUGGUUGGUUUAGUUAGCAGUAGGGAGAGGCAGCUGUUCACAUCUUACAUCUGUCUCCAGAGCACAAACACAUCUGAUCACACACACGAGGACACUCAGGAGAAAAGCACUGUGAGGACAAAGUACUGUGGUGGUCUGGGAUUUAAACAUGUGAGAGAGGGACAAAUACAACAUAGAAAAUAAAAUGCUAGGCUGUUUUAUUAACUCACCAUGUUCUGUGGUUUAAUCAAAAAGGAACAAAGAGGAGCUGAUGAAAGCAGAGCUGUAACCAAAGCUGUGGGUGAGACAGCUAGUCGAGGAGUUCUUCACAUUAGACAGAGUUGCAGUCUGAUAAUAGCACUCCUCCUCCUCCUCCUCCUCCUCCUCUUAGAAAAAUAACACGCUUUGUAUUACAUGAAAGCAUGAGUAGCAUAACCUUUUAUUAUGUUGACAGGCUCCUGGAUUGAAAAUGAGAGUCACACUCCAAUGCAGCUACUGAAAACCUUCAGCAAAAUGCAUGAAAUAAUAAGCUCGAUAGGAAUGAAGGAAAUGAAGAGAUCAACUUUAAAACUAUUUCUCUCUUUGCUCAGUCAUCUAUUUGGACUGUCAAAACCGGUGGAUCACAAACCUUUUGGCUGGGGACCCCUUAAAACUUGAGAACCUUCAUCACUUACCUGUGUGGUGUGUGGACAACCAAAGAUUGAUGUUUUUCUUGUCAGAGUGUUUCUUUGAACAAGACGGGCAACUGUCCUGGGGUCCCAAACCCUCAGAGGUCCCAGAAGUCCCGGGUUCACUGCAUGCUGAUUGGAUUUUGUACUUUGAUACUUACUGAACAUUUGUUAGGGAGUUUGCACAGCUAAAGUACAUCAACUAGGCAGGUUUUGAAUUAUUAGCUAAUAAUGUGUCAAAACCUAGUUUUAAGACCUUUUAAAGUUUCUCUUGUGCUCACGUGUUGCAUAUUCUUGCAUAAUGUUUGGUUUAAUCAAAUUAACUGAGACAUUUUCUUUAAUAUUAUUUUUUGGCAGAUGAUUGUGGAAAAGCAGACAGGAAACAAGAGGAGAGAGAAGGGGUGUGACACGCAGUAGAGAUCCUAGCCAUGUUGGGUUUAUGUGACAUGCACUGUAACUAUUUGGCUACCAUGGUGCUCACCAGGUGGUGUCAUUCCAGUGUGUAUCAGUGGCUGGUGUCUGGGUCUCUGGACAAACAAUGAAGCUACCAUAGGAACCUUACUGGACAGAGGGUGGGAGAUAGGGGGCCCCAAAGCAAAAAUAUGACAAAAAGUACAUAACAGAUCAUGCUUUUGUGGUAGGUUCUUCAAUUAAAUGUUGACCCCUCAUACCUACAUUGAGGCCCCAGGUUGGAGACUAAACUAUAAAGGCAUUUCCAUGCGUUUUUGUGACCACAUAUCACAGCAGUGGCUCUAGAUUGGUUUCAUUUUUGGAAACAUAAAAGACCACUGCUCCUCUACUGUAUGAGUCAAGACACAGAAAAAGGCUCUUACAUGAUUAAAUUUACAAGCAUUUAUGAUAAUAAACAUUUCACCCAAAGCCUCUUAAAGAAAUUAAAUAGCCUAAAAUAACAUCGUAAAUGCAAUUUGUAGUUAAUGAGCUAAAACGUGCCAAACCGCCAGCAAACUGGUAUUUUUCUACAGAACUAUUUUUGGAUGGAUAUUGUUGCAGUGAAACAACAGUCUGCAUCUAAAGGAUCUCCAUUGGUAGCGCAAAUGUUUUAAGUAGUCCAAAGUCAGCAAAAUCAAGAAACCACUGUGGUAAAUAAAGGCAUCUACAUAUGGCCAUUAACUGUUAACAGAUUUAUUAUUUUAGCAAUUGGCACUUUUGUUUGCUCUGCGUUGACUCAAAUUGAUAAGAUUCCUUCUUAGAAACGACUGUUUAGUUGUUGUUGGGUCUGGUAAUAUGUUGAAAUAGUUCAGAUACCUGGGGUACCGUUUCUGUUUGCUUCGUUCCAACUGUGUUUACUUGUAAGACACUAUAAAAGUCGGUAACUAUAAUAUACUGAUAAUUAUUGGUUUCACUGUUAUUAACCAUGCUGCUGAUGUGUUUCAGCACCAUUACUUCUAAGUUGAACUUCAGUACUUUGUUGUAAAUGACAGAGAAGUGUUACAUAUUGCACCAUAUAAAAUGUAUCUGGUUUAUUUUGUGCAUGAGUAAAGUCAUACUUAAUAACUGUUGAGAUGUUUCUACUAUUGAGAGAAAAUAUGACACUGAGGAUGCUGUUCAAGAAUGUUUUUCUGAGCUUUAUAUGACUGGUCGGUUGGAAAUGUCUGUAUGCUGUGCUGCAUCUACAAAAGGGCAUUGGAAAGAAUCAUGAUUUUGCACUGAAUAUACAGUAGAAAAAUACAAAUUGUGUUUGUAAAGAAAGUUAUGCUAUCAUAUAUUGUUUAGUUCAAGUGAAGACCAUUGUUUUUGCCUCUCAAUAAUUUAUAUCCUAAUGUUUACAAGGUGAGAAUUUGGAGCUGUUAUGGACGUGUAUCAUAUUUGUAAUUCUGUGUGUUUAUCCAUGUGUUGCACUGUUGGACUGAUCAGACCAGGACAGAUGGGAAACAGUGAGUUUAGAAAAAAAAAAAAAAACACUAGAACCUGUGAAAAUAGCUUCACCAUAAAUUAUGUCAAAAGUUGCUGCAAACGUUUGCAACAGCAUAAGUUGUGCUCUUAAAUUCUAAAGGCUGCCCAAAUCAGUUGUCUGGCAUCUGGAGAAAGUUUAGUCCAAAUUAUUGGGUCAUCGCUUUUCUGUUUAUCUGGAAAGUUUCUUCAGUCCAGCUGUUGUGGGGAAUAGUGAUGUCCGGUAACCAUUCUCACCAGUAGCACAUUCGCUGUUAAAAUGAGGUCAUGUAAGGGUGCUUGGUUACAAUCACGUUCCCACAAUAAUUAGAGCUGAAGAAGCCUUCUGGCUGAACAGUGAAGUGUCUUCAAUCAAAACUCUUGUUCGGUGAUUUUGAUUUUCUUCAGAUGCCGUGCCACUUAGGUGAUUGAGAACAUUCACAUAUAUUGCAACUGCAACCAAAAUACAGGCUUUGCAAAGUAGCAUAUGUUAAAGGCACAGGUUCUUUCUUGCCAAGGGUUAGAAGAGAAUAUGAGAAGAAGAUUGAUAUCACUCUCAGUACUGUGCAUUGUGUGGAGCUAGUGCCAGCAGGUGAUAGUUAUGCAGUGCAACUAUUUCUUGUCAAACAACAGUUCAACCAUAGAACCAGCACUUUUGUGCAGCUUUCUCCACUGUGACAGCAAGACUCUGGGAAGUCAUUGGUCCCAGUGUUUCUUCAACAAGUAAUGGUUACAACACAUAACUCCUUGUAAAGCCACAAAUAGUUGACCGUGGAGGUUCAUUCUUGACUUUUGGAUGGCCAUGAUAAGCUUUCAGCCAAAAGCUUCAAGAAAAGCUAAGGGAGUGAACACUAGAGGUUUUUAUAUGUCACGGAUAUGUGCUUGAUUUUUAUAUUACUGCUUAUGUAUGGAUGUAAACAAACAAGCUACAAUGGUUUAACUACUAAGAUUCAACAACGCUGGUGGGCAGCUUUUUUUAAUUUUAUUUUAGAGAGAGGACAAAACUAGCUGUGUCCUUGCUUUUAGUCUUAAAGCUAAACUAAUAGCCCGUUUAUUUCCAGCAGCCAUUCUGACAUGAACUAGUCGGGUCAACACAGGUGUUUCCAAUGAUCCUAAUAAAGGUUCAGUUCCAUUUAUAGCAGCAGAGACUUUCCAGUGAGUCAACAUGCCCCACAGCAGCACCCUGACUCUGUUUGACCUGAAGGGACCGGAGCCUUAAUUAUUUUCAUUGGUAGCAUCUGCGUUUACCCGACUAUUUCGUGUCAAAGUGACUGCUGUAAAAAAGAUCUAUCACCUCUUGGCUUCAUAUUGAGCCCACAGAUAUGAGAGUGGUAUCAGUUUCCUCAUCUAACUCUCUUCCAGAAAGAGAAUAGAAGUAUUUCUUUCGAAACUGUUUGUUUUGCCUGUCCACUUCAACUGUAUUGAUUUCUAAUGUCACUCAAUCACAACAUAUAGAACAGGUUGCCUCACAUCAAAGCCCAUGUAUCCUGGUCUACAGACAGAGUCAGUCUUGUACACUGACAGAAUUCAGGACCCCUCACCUCCAUCUACUGUCAGGGGCCCCAAACCUCCUAGCAGCGCCCCUGCGGGACAGUAUAUACUCCUGUACUCUCUGUGGAAACCUCAGCACACUUUCAGUGCCUCUGAACAAUGUUGCCAAUAUACCACUGACUGACUGAAUGGAUGCCUGGACGACUGAUAUACUGAUACACUGAUUUCUGAGGCUGUGUGUGUGUGCGUGUGUGUGUUUUCUGACAGAUGAAUAAACGUGCAGAUGAUAUUAA